AUGGGGACUGUCGAGCACACCUUGAAAUGUCCCAUCUGCCAAGACCUCUUCACAGAUCCUGUGGCACUCCCAUGCGGACACAAUUUUUGUCUCAGCUGCAUCCGUGUUGUCUGGAAUGCAGAUGUCUCUGAGGUCGUUCCCUUCUUCUGUCCAGAGUGUCAGAUCUUCCUUCCCUCCAACCUCACCCUUAAGGUGAACACCAGCUUGAAGGAAAAAGUAAAGGACUUCACCAUCAACGGGCCGGUGACAAUGGGGCUAUCGACAAUGGCUCCGAGCAGGCCGACAACACCGUCUCCGACUAUCCACUGUGACCACUGCAUAGAGACAGCAUCAGUGGCCAUAAAGACAUGUCUUACCUGUGAUGCCUCCCUGUGCCAAGCCCACGCUCUGCUACACCAGCAGAGAGAAGCUCUGAGGGAACACACGCUGGUGGAGGUGACUGGGGAUCCUUUAUCUCUAAAGUGCAAGGAGCAUCGGGAAGAGCUGAAGCUCUUCUGUAUGGAAGAUAGGGUCCCUGUAUGCUGCUUGUGUGUCCUCGUUGGGCUGCACAAGGACCAUCAGGCAACCCAACUCCACAAAGCCUGCUCAGACUUCAAGAAGUCUGUUGCCGUUUUCAGAGAGAGAAUCUCAGACAAAUACAGCCGAAUUCGGGUCGUGCUUGAUGGCGAUGAACGUCUGAUGAUGCAGAUAAUAGACACGGAGGAGACGUACAUGACAGAAUGGCUGGAGGCCCAAAGGGGCAUCAUGGAGGCCCAUAUCAAAGAGAUAGAUAACCUGAGAGCCUCCAGCAAAUCACUCCUCAAAGAAACAAAUGACUUGAGAUUCCUAUGGCAAAUCACAGCACAGAGUCUUGGCAAACCUUUGGAUUUGCCACCGAUCGGUGAAGUAGACAGAGACCUGUGUGACCUUGAGAGGAUGAGAACGGUGGAGAGGCUGGUGGAUGACCUCUCCGUGGCUCUGUCCCAGCACCUUCCCAGGAUGUGGUCAUACCUAACUACUCCUACACUGGACCCCAAGACAGCCCACCCGAAAAUAGAUGUUUCCCAGGACAGGAAACAGGUGUGCUGGAGCAAGCAACCUCAUGAUGAGGCUCCAGGCUCGUGGCGUUAUGACACUCAGUACAGUGUCCUGGCUCAGGAGGGCAUUAAUACUGGUCAGCAUUACUGGGAGGUUCUUGUGCAGGAAAAACCUUACUGGCUUAUUGGUGUAACCACCGGGCCAGCCCCGAGUGAAGAUCGUACAGCCCAGAACAUCCCUAGCCUGGGUGUGAACAAAUCCUUCUGGUGCAUCUACCAUGGAGAUGGACAGUACCUGGCAUGCAAUGACGAACAGGAGAAACAGCUUCCGGUUGGGCUAAAGAGAGUCAGAAAGCUCGGGAUCCUAGCGGAUUUCCAUAAGGGGGAGCUGUCCUUCUAUGAUGCCGACACUCUGACGCUGCUUCACCGUUUCUCCUUGCAGAGCACAGAGCCUCUCUACCCCAUGCUUAACCCUUGCAUUGACGUGGACGGCCUGAACAGGCAACCUCUCACCUUGUUUUGGCUUAGGGAUAACUAUAAGUGCCAUGUAAACACAGAGGAAGGUAAACAAUGA